AUGCUAAUGCUCGCAUUACCCGUUGCCACAUUUGUGGCCGUCUUGGCCUAUGGAGUGCUCUGGGUUCUUAUUGACUAUAUUCGCGUCCUGCAGCUCAGACGGCGUAUGGCACCAGGCCCUUUCCCGCUCCCUGUCUUCGGCAAUAUCUUUCAGAUCCCAGGUAGCAGACAGUGGAAGAAAUUUGAAGAGUGGUCUAUCGAAUACGGGAGUCCUAUCAUAACUGUAUGGGAUGGACAUACGGCGGUUAUCAUUUGCAAUGAUGCAUGGUCCAUGUCGAACCUGUGCGACAAGCGAGCAAAUAUCUACUCAUCCCGAGCAAUCAAAACGCUCACUGGCAAAGUUUUCGGCUUGAACAAGUUCAACCAAGCUGGUCUUGCCUACGGAGAUCAGUGGCGACUACACCGCAGGCUCACACACUCGGCUGCCAACGCCCAGGUCGCCCAGACAUACCGGACCGUACAAGAAAAUGAGGCCAAGAUUUUUAUUAACGACUGCCUGGGUGACGCUGAAAAGUUCGUCGAGAGCGCGCUGCGAUUUACCGUCUCCAUCGUAUCGGUCAUUGCCUGGGGCCGGCGGAUCGGCAGUGAAACCGACAAUGUCCUCAAAGUUGCCCAGGCAUUUGUCGGGAGUGCUAACCUCGGUUUCCCCGGCAAGACGUACACUGAAGCCAUUCCUAUCCUUGCUUCGAUGCCUUCGUGGCUGAACCCCCUCCCGAACCAGCUGAGAAAACUUGCCAGCACCUCGAACAAGUACUUCUAUGCCUUGUCCGUCGAGGGAGCCGACGCACCGCAGGACAACUUCGCCAAGCGCUUACUAAGAGAGAAGGAAGAGCAUGGCCUCACCAAAGUUGAGAUCGCGAACCUGACGGGCAACUUCAUCGGCGCUGGAGUCGACACUACGACGAGCACCAUGUUGACAUUUGUCUUGGCCAUGUGCCUCAACCCAGACAUACAGCGCAAGGCCCAGGAGGAAAUCGACAGCGUCGUUGGGCACGAUCGCUACCCAGACUGGUCUGAUGAAGAAAGUCUCUCCUACCUGGCGGCAAUCGUCAAUGAAACACUGAGAUGGCGACCUGCCUUUGCCCUCGGCGGUCCUCCCCACGCGCCGAUCGAGGAUGACGUCUUCAACGGAUUCCUCUUUCCAAAAGGGACAGCCAUCAUUGGCAAUCUCUAUGCCAUCUCACGAAACUCGCGGGAGUAUCCCCAACCCGAAAAAUUCUGGCCAGAACGAUUCCUCGAUGACUUCAAGCGCCCAGCUUAUCCGAACAUGAGGGGCCACAACACGUUCGGUUGGGGGAGGCGCGUAUGCAGCGGUGAAGCACUGGCGCAGCAGAGUCUGUACUAUACUAUAGUGUCUCUAUUAUGGGCCUUCCAUAUCCGGCCGGGGCUGGAUGAUCAGGGAAAUGAGGUCUCUCUCGACCCGGAUGCGUACACCGUUUCUCAAGUAAAUAGGCCGCUGCCGUUCAAAGUGCGUUUGCUACCGAGGUCGGAGAAGAUUGCCAACCUUGUCAAACAAGCGGGUGAGGAUGCGCUCUCAGAACUGCAAGCUUUCGAAGCAGAGACCAAGGUCACAUUUGAGAGCGCACAGUCGGUGUCACUUGACAUGCCAAUUGCGCAUUCAGAGAAGAAUUAG